UGAUGUAUUUACGUUGCAGAAUCCAGGACAGGUGCGAUUGAAGAGAGCGCUCACUCCGAACCCGUCCCGCUGAAGAACCGCAUGGCCGUUUACCAGGUGGCUGUUUCCAAACAGGACAAAACAGGCUUCUCCAGCGCGGUCAUGGAGGACGAGGUUUGUUCUCUGCCUGGAGGGCUGGCCAGCGUCCGAAGACAGUUUGAGAGCGAGAGCAUGUCUUCGGCUCACACACUCACCCAGAUUCACCACACACACAGAUCUGUGCAGGAGGUGUCAAAUUCAUCAGCGAUGAGUGUGGCGAGCAGCAGCGGGGGUCGACAAGUCUCGCAGCAGGUCUUCCUCCACGAUGAAAGGACUGCACUUGAUCAAAUCACUCAUAACAGAGAAGUGAUUUCCGGUUAUGAAAAUCAUCACAAUGAAACCGAGGAGGAAGAGUAUUAUCCAAGGCUCUCAACUAAAGAACUGGCACAGCAUUUUGAAAAGACCAUCGAGGAGGCAGCCCCCAGCAAGAAAAUUAAGAUUGAAUGCGACAAAAGCCGUUCACAGCUGCCAUCAGAUGCGAGUGCGUCCAAUCAAACUGUGAAGAGUGAGACAUCAAGGUCUCUGAACAGUGUUGCCACAUACAAAGCAGAAGAAGAUAAACCAAGUUCUGUGUUGGCUUUUGAUGACGACGACGAUGAUGAUGAUGAUGAAGAUCUGGAAUAUCUCCCACCGCCCCCACCGGACUUACUGGAGGAGGAACCUUCGGACGAUCCAGAGAACUUCCCUGACCCUCCCGCAGUGAAUCGCAUGGUAAACAGAGAGCAAUACUUCAGACAGAGAGAGCUAUUGGAGUUGAAACGUCUCUGCAAACACAUUCACCCUGAUGUCAGGAAAGACCUGGAAAAAGAAUUCUACAAUGAUGAGGACAUUGAAGCGGUAGGAGACGUUCAAGAGGUAGCGUACCAGUUUGAACACCCUGGUAGCAAUUCGAACGGAAGCCCGGAUCGCGAAUAUUUGGAGUGGGACGAGAUUCUGAGAGGCGAGGUGCAGUCCAUGCGCUGGAUGUUCGAGAACAAACCUUUGGACUGCAUUAAGAAUGACUCGGAUAACGAAGAGGAGAGCAAAAAUAUUAUUCAGCAGGAAAUCAUCGCUGGAGGUGACGUCAGGAACACGGCUAUGAUGUUCGAGAUGCAGCCUGAGGAUACACAACAGGAUUCGACUAAACGCAACUAUCUGGUGAACGAAGUGGGGAAAAGAGACGUCCGCGCGGCCGCUUGGUUGUUCGAGACAAAGCCGAUGGAUACGCUGAAUAAAAUUCACUCUAAUGACGAGCAAACCAAAGAAGUCAUCUUCACACAAGAAGCCACCGAAGGGGAUGUGAAGUCUGUUAGGUACAUGUUUGAAAACCAAGAAAUGGAUUCUCUGGGAGACACGGAAACCAUGGAUGAGAAGCAACUACUGAGCUUGAAGUCUGUACUGGAGGAGAUCAAGUCAGAAGUGAAGAAAGUCAUAUGGUUGUUUGAGACGCAAUUCAUGUGUGUUAUGAGGGAACACACCGGCGAAAUGGUUCUGAUCACUUCGAUCCGUCGAGAGGAGACGGAGAAAGGGGAUGUCAAAACUUCAAGAUGGUUCUUUGAAACGCAGCCUUUGGAUGACAUUGACACGGAUCUUUCUCAGGUCAGGCUCAUCUCCAGUGUGUCCAUGGAGGACAACCAACUGGACGGUGCGAAAAGGGGAAGGUGGCUGUUUGAGACCAAGAGGCUUGACUCAAUAAACGCCCAGUGGGAGAGCCUGCGAAGGCAGCAGAAAGAAGAAAUUCUUGGGGCGGAUGUACGAAAACACUGCAUGGUGUUCGAAACGCAGCCUAUGGACAAGCUUAAAGAUGAUGCCAACUCCAGACCUGUCUCCACUGAACAGAUUAUCGGAGGUAAUGUUCGCUCUGUGAGACACUUAUUUGAAAACGCCCCACCGGACGAACUCAAAGAGCUUCCUGAGGUGGGAAAACUAAACAAAAAGGCAGUGUUUGAAGAAGGAAAGGGUGAUGUAAGACACCAGAAAUGGGUGUUUGAGAAUAAACCACUGGAGAACAUCAAAGAUGAGAAUGAUGAGGUGAACCGACUCAAGAAAACCAUAGCGUCUGAUGAAGAACGAGGUGACGUGCGAUAUCAAAGAUGGCUGUUUGAGAACCAACAUUUGGAAGACAUUCAAGAGGAAAAGAGAGCGUUCAUGAAAACAAUUGAUUCUGAACAAAUGGAGAUGAGCUACAUGGGGGAUGUCCGCAGAAACUGUUGGGUGUUUGAGACGCAGCAGAUGGAUACGUUAAAGGACGAUUCCAAUGCCAGGCCAGUUAGUGCAGAGGAAAUAAUUGGAGGUGACGUUCAAUCUGCCAGACACUUUUUUGAGACCGCUCCGAAAGAUGAGAUAAAAGAGCUUGCGGAGGUGGGGAAACUCCACAGAAUGGUGACAUCUGAGGAGAAGGGAGAUGUUAGACACCAGAAGUGGCUGUUUGAGAGCCAGCCGCUGGAGCACAUCAGAGAGGAGAAAAAGGAAAUGACUAGAACGGUGAACAUGGAGGAUGUCGAGAAUGUGGAUGUGAGCAAUUACAAGCAAAUCUUCGAAACGUACGAUUCAAGCCAAUGUGACGAAAGUCGGAAGAUUCAACUUGAGGGCGUCACCGCCGGCUCCGUGAGAUCAAAUAAAGAUUUAUUUGAGUCCAUGCCGUCGUAUGCUUUGCAAGACAGCUCCGGACAUUACCACGAAGUUAAAACCGUACGUCGGGAAGAAAUCGUCAAAGGAGAUGUUAAAAGCUGCCGGUGGAUGUUUGAAACUCGGCCAAUUGACCAAUUCGACGAGAGCAUCACCAAAUUCCAAAUCAUAAAGGGCAUAACCCAACAAGAGGUAGAAUCUGGAGAUGUCAAGAUGGCGAAAUGGCUUUUUGAAACCCAGCCUCUCGAUGCCAUUAAGUAUUUUAGCAACAUUGAAGACGAGGAGUGCGUCGCUGAAGAAACAGCAGAAAUCGUGAAAGGCGAUGUUAAGACAUGUAAGUGGCUUUUUGAGACCAAACCUAUAGACAUGCUUUACGAAAGAGAUGAGUUUAAGAGUGCCAAAGAUUAUGGUGAAAUUCAAAAAGGGGAUGUGAAAACAUGCACUUGGCUUUUUGAGAAUCAGACCCUUGGUGCCAUGCAGGAUAACUCUGAGACGGUGUUGCAAACUCGCACCGUGAAACAAGAGGACAUUCACGGGAAAGAUGUCCGCAUGGCACGUUUCCUCUUCGAGACAGAGAACAUUGCUGGAGAAAAGCAAGAAGCUUUUAAGAGUGUGACUGAGAUAGACAUACAAUCCGGGGACGUGUCUCGGAUGAAAUACAUAUUCGAGACCCGAUCUUCUGACGUGGUGAGCUCAACCUCUGAGGACGUCAUGAGACAGCUGAGGAGUGCUCAAGCGGAGGAUGUUCAGAAAGGAAAUGUUGGAAACUGCAAAUGGCUAUUUGAAAACCAGCCCAUCGAUGCAAUCUCAGAGAGCCCUAGCGAGCUGAAAUUAGCUCGCACAGUACAAGAUGUUCAGGGAGGCAAUGUCGAUAAAGGCAGAUUCGUUUUUGAAACCUACUCGUUAGAUAAGAUUCAAGACGUGUCCUCCGAGGCCGAAUUGAAAAAGCUGCAGAAAGUCAUCAGAGAGGAUGAGGAGAAAGGAGAUGUGAAAUCAUAUGCCAUGAUGUUUGAAACUCAACCUCUUUAUGCCAUCCAAGACAAAGAAGGCCAUUAUCAUGAAGUGACCACACUUACAAAAGAAGAAAUACAAAGAGGUGAUGUAGUAGGAGCCCGCUGGCUGUUUGAAACAAAGCCCCUGGACUCGAUUAAAGAGACGGAUGAGGUCUACCUCUUAAAAGCUGUUACAGAGGAAGAUAUCCACAAAGGUGAUGUCAGCUCGGCGAGGUGGAGGUUUGAAACCCAGCCCCUUGACAAGAUUGCAGAAGAUGCGAAAAUAUCAAUCAAAACCGUCGAGGACAUUCAGGGAGGAGAUGUUAAGACAAACAAGCAUCGUUUUGAGUCUGAUGCAGUGGCUCAAAAAUUGGUGCGUACUGUCAGCAUGAGUGAAAUUCAUAAAGGGGAUGUUAGGACAGCAAAAUGGAUGUUUGAAACUCACACAAUUGACCAGAUACAUGCUGAAAAGUCAGAAGAUGAGAUGAACACCGUUGUUAUGGAGGAACAACUGAAGGGGGAUGUUAAACAGUCCGUGUGGCUGUUUGAAAAGAAUCCGCUUGAUCUUAUUAACGACAGUGACGAAAGUAAACAGGUCAUUUGUGAAGACAUCCCCAAAGCAGAUGUAAAAACCACGACAUGGCUUUUUGAGACAACACCGUUCACUGAAUUUAAUGAGAGCACUUUAGAGAAGACCGAAAUCAUCGGUAAAAGUGUCAAAGCCACCCUCGAUGAACUUUACACCCAGAGAAUGGUGGACUCCAAAGGCAUCAUCUUAGAGGCAGACGAAAUCGGAGACGUUCGCAUGGCUAAGUACAACCUCAUGAAUAAAGAAGCUCCCCAAAUCCAAAGAGAAGAAAUCAUUAAAGGGGAUCUGCAAAGCAUCAUGCUUAACCUCCUCAACAGACAGGAGAACACAGAGAGGAAAGUCAUUAUAAAUGCAGAGGAGAGGGGGGACAUCAGCCGCACCGUGCAACAGCUGCUGCAAGAGCGCAGUGGCACCUCUGUAGAAAAAGAGGAGAUAAUAAGAGGUGACAUUCAGGAAGCCAUAAACAACCUGCUGAAAGAGGAGAGCACUGGCAAACGGGGAAUUCUCAUUCAAGAAGACGAAAAGGGGGAUAUUCGUAUGACCAUCUACUCUUUAUUCAAUUCUCAUGAGGAAUCAAGCAUUCAGAAAGAAAAUAUAGUCAGAGGUAAUGUGAAAGGCUGCCUAGAGAGACUGUGCAAUCCAGACACAGAUGAGAUUGCGAGAAUUAAAGUGGAUGAAGCCGAAAGGGGAAAGGUGAGCUUUUAUUCUACUUGCAUUGAGUCUGGUGCGCUGGAUUACCUCAAAAAGCUGCAGGUAGAGCCAGACGAGGCCGUUCCAGGUAAAAUUGAAAAAGAGGAAAUCAUCGGUGGUGAUAUUAAAGAGACAAAACUCAGCCUGACAUGUAAUCAAGCUCAAAUCGGUCGUCUGGUGGACAUGGAAGAUAUAGUCCCCGGCGAUGUUCAUAACACAGUUAAGGUUUUCAUGACCGAGCCUCCAAUCUCAUUUGAACAUUUACAGAAAGAGGAGAUCGUGAGAGGAGACCUGCAAGCAACGCUGAAUUCACUGGCGCAGUCCGUAAACCAGGCAGUCGUUUUGGAGAAAGAAGAAGUUGUUCGGGCUGACUUACCUACAACGCUGAGGUCUCUAGAGGAGGCCCAGAAUCAGCCCAAAGAGGUGGAAAAGCCCGAAAUCAUUCCCGGGAACAUCAAAGGAGCACUAAAAUCACUCAAAGACUCCACUUCCACCAAGGUGGAAAUUGUCGUAGAAGAUUUAUUGCCAGGUGACAUCAAAGGUACGCUGAAAUCGCUGGAGGAGGCCAAACAUGCCGUGAGAGAAGUGGAGAAGGAGAUCAUUGUAAAAGGUGACAUUCACACGGCAAUACAAAGUCUACAAGAAGCGUCGAGCGAGAGAAAGGUUUACCAGCAGGAGAUUGGUGUCCAGGGAGAUGUAAAAGGCAAGAUUCAGAUCUUACUCGAGCCUCCUCCAUCUCCCAGAAUGCAACGCAGGGCAAGCACGGAGGGAGACGUGAAGCUUUCUAUAAAAUCACUCUAUGACACCCAAGAGCAAGUGCAAUCAGAGAAAGAAGAGGUGAUAAAAGGAGACGUUAAGGGCACAAUAAAAUCUUUAAUGGAAACAGCACGCAGAGCGAGCCCGACGAUUCCCCGAAGGGAGCCAAUAAGAAAGGUCAAAGUUCCAGUCAAGACCACGUCUCCGUCGGUGAAAGACAUCACGGCGCCUGCAGUUAAAAACCUUGAUAUGAGCAGUGAAUUACAGAGGAGCACUCACAAGCAAUCAAUGCAAAACAGGUACGCAUCUCAGGAGAGCACUGCAAUCACAACAUGCAGCCAGGAGACAAAGACCACAGUGCUGGAGCACAAAACAAUUGUGCAAACACACGGUGUCAAAACAUUAAAGACUGACUUCCGUAACCUCAAAAAAAAGGGUGGCUGUAAGGGUUUAAUCAGACUGGACAAAAGAAAACAGAAGGAAAUGUCUGUUCCACCUCCUCCCUCUGACCCUGAACUCCCACUGCCUCCCCCUCCAUCACCCCCUCUGGAAUAUGAUAGCGCCUCAUUUCCCACUCCUCCUCCUGGCAUCAGGGGUGAACAUGAUUUUCCUCCUCCUCCUCCUCCGCCGCCUUGCGAUCCACCCAAGACAGAACUUGAACAUUUACCUCCUCCACCAACCCCACCACCUCCUCUCGUUUCAGCCACAGCUGAGCUAGACCUCCUCCCUCCCCCUCCCACAGAGCAGGAGCUAAACUUCCUUCCGCUGCCUAGCAUAACACCAUCCAAAGCCACUAAAAUGACUGUCAAACCCAUCAAAGCACCAGUGUUGUGCAAAGUACCCAAGCUUGAGCCAGCAAUUUCAUUUGAGAAAAUGCAGGCAGCUCAAGAGACCAAGCGCAGAAAAAAUGUCACCGCAUCAUCAGUCGAGUGCAGCGUGAAAUCUUCUGAAGUUCAGUCUGCUUUUACAAGACAGCCACCGGAGUCUCCGCGGCCUCCCAAGAAAGUUUUCGCCCCCUUGACACUCACUCCACCCGCCUCUCCUCCUCCACCGUGCAAAUCCCCAGUAAGCAAAUUCAAAACCCCAUUAAUGCAAGCUGAACAGAAGUACAGACAGAAGAGGGAAGAAAGCUGCACGCCACCACCGUCGCGCUCCCCGGCCUUUGAAAUCCGCAUGCACGAGUCAGUCAGCGCAGCCCUUGAAAGGCUUUCUUCAGAAAGCACGGGCACGGUGCAAUCAGAGGCGAGCAUGUCAUUUGAUUUCACUCAAGAGAGAGCUCAAAAGAGUGUGACCAAAUUUGAAUCAGCUGCAGACUCAUGUGAUUCAUCCAAGCACACAGCUCUCUCAAACGCUCCCCCAAGCAAGGCUUUGAUCGCUGCUGCAAAUGAGAAAUCUCCUCUAGAAUCUCCUUUUAUUUCCUCAGUUAAACAGAGCAUUAUCUCUAAUCAGUCAUCUCAGGGCUCUCCGGAUCAGCAGCAGACCACCUCCACUUCAUCUAAAAAGAAAAAGAAGAGAUCCAUGACAACUAAUAUACAACAGGUGACGAGGACGGUUAUUAAUAGCACGACCGGAGAAGAAAUAAAGGCCUCUGUCAAAACAGACGAACCUCAGAGCGUCUCUAAAAAUGUAUCAGAGGCUGUCGGAAAGGAUGUGAGCGGCAUAUCUUUAUCCGAGGGCAAAGCAAAAGAGGAAAGCUCGGCAAAGAAAAAUCAAGACAAAAACUUCCCUGAUCGAUCCGAGCCAAACAAAGACAGUCAAAUUAAGGAUGCCGAGCAGAAGCCGCAAAAGGUCGACGGUCAAAAGGCAAAGAAAGUUAGUAAGAGCGCUAAAGUGGAGAGCAAAGAGAAAACCACAGAUGAGGAGGAUCAUGUUCAGGUAAAAGAAAGAAGCCCCCCGGAAACAGAGGGUAAAGAGGAGAAACCUGUAGGGGAGCCCCCUGCCACUCCGAAAAAGAAAAGGAGGAGUAAGAGUAAGAAUAAAAAAGACAGAGAGGCAGCUCAAGGCAACAACGUCACAUCCCUCUCGCCCACAGAGGCCACGCCUGCCGAGCCCAAGUGGCCAGUCUCGACAUCCGAUAAAAAACGAGAGGAAAUCGCUGUUUUGCAAACACAGCGCACCAUUCAAACGGGACACGUAGAGGUCAUCGAAACUCAAAGUACGGUCCAGCAGCAGAGUUUCCAGGAGGAGGGCUUGACUGUGAAAUUUCAAAAGCUGGCCGGUGGAAGCCAGCAGAUUCCUGAGGAAUCAAAAGAUGAAAGAAGAAACGUCCCAAUCAAAAUGACAGGGAAAUCUGCACAAAAGGAGUCCUCGGCUGAAGCGCUGAAGAUGUUGUCUCGUAUCUCAGAGUUACAGGCGAUUUCAGGAAAAAUGGACUGUAAGUCUGUGAAGACGUUGCUCAAUGAGAUGCCCGUCUGGCUUUUGGGCUCGGGGGAGAAGAGUGAUUUGGAAGCGGCGGCGGCCGAACACAACGAACAAAAGCUCACAGAAAUCCUUGCUCAUGUUAAAAGCCUGGUUCAAGCUAGGCUAAUGCACUUUGACGGCGCUAUUGAAAAGCAUGAGUGUGAGGACACCUCUGAAAAACUUGUCUCACAAAGGAUUUCAAAGAUUUCCAUUGGUUCUACGAAGUGUAAAACGCAGAUGGUGGUCAAGGAGGAGACGAAGACGACGCGCAAGAGCCGAAAGCAACAAACGAGCAGCGUUACAACCCUUGACCCGAGAGCUCCAUCCCCAUUGUUACGGAUGCGCUCCCCCUCACCCACAUUUAUCACCAUCGAGUCUACGAAGAGAACUGACUCGCCACAAAGAGCAGCACCCUCGCCUUCCCCGAUGCCACCGACGCCACCACCACGUAGGUCUGAGACGCCAAGCUCUCGCUUAAGCAGGGCCACUCCUUCACCCUCAUUGGGCCGGGCAGAUAGUCUGACACGACUGAGAAACGCCACAGCUACGCUCUCCCGUGGAGCUUCGCCCGAUCCGGUGCCUCGCGUGAUCGAAGUCACUGGAAAGAAGUCUGAAAUCGUGGAAUCCCCUGCCACAUUUCAUCGGCAGAUCAACAUCGAGUCUAAAUCUGCUGAGAAGAAAAGGCUCAAAGAGACUUUGAGAUCUUUUGAAACAGCAGUGGUGAUUAAUGAGAGUGUAAGUGGAGAUGCUCUUGACAUUCUUGAGCGUUUAGGCCCCAACACAGAGGUCAAAAAGUCUGAAAGUGCGGUGAAAGAGAAGGAAAAUCUCUCUAAGGUGGAAAUAUCUGGAUUAGCCGAAACAAUUGAGACGUCAGAGAGGAAAGUUGGUAUUGGAAAAGACCCAGUUGACAAAACAGAGAAGCCUAGCUGGAAAACUGAGGACCUGGAGCUUGAUAUGGAAAAGAAAGCAAGCCAACAAGAGGAUGUACCUGCUUUCAACAUCAAGGAUAUUAAAAAUGUUUUUGAAAUGAGUGAGCAAAGUUCCCCCAUCAAAGCGCUACAAAACAAACAGGAGGAACAGCAGUCAAGAGUGAGUGAAAUUGCAUCUGAAGGUUCAAAGCCUGAGCUUCCUCCUGAGAGAGAACAAUGCUCCCAGCUGAGCUCCCCUCCACCCGUGUGCAAAGACGUGAAAGCAGACAAGUCUGUCAAUCCAACGGGCUUUUCGGAGACGAAAGCAUUCAUUGAAAAUUAUUCUUCUGUUGACGAGUUUGGCACUAAAAUCGUCGGAUCAAGAAGCACCACGACGGUUUCCAAGCACACUCAAAGCGUUACGACGCAACGGGUGCCUUUUUCCUAUGCUGAUGCUGUGAAGAAAAAGACGCCAGAGGUCAAGGUGUCACCUGAGGCCUCUGCAGAGGAACUGAUGAAGAACUUCCACAAAACAUGGGCGGAAAGUGAGAGUGUGUUCAAAAGCUUAGGUGUCACAGAUUCGAGUACCAAAGUCGGAGAUGUGUGCAGUGUGCAGGAAGAGGGUUUACCCCAUGGAAGGCCUGAUAGCAGACAAAAAGAAGUUCCAUAAAUCCUGUUUUUUCUGUGAGCACUGCAAAAACAAGUUAAGCCUUGGAAACUUUGUCUCUCUCCAUGGACAUUUAUACUGUCAGACACAUUAUAAACAACUCUUCAAGUCUAAAGGGAAUUUCGAGGA